AAACCUAUUAUUUUAAAUACAAAUAAAACCCUAAAACUAACUCCCUUACCGAGCGUACCGCCAAAAAGAGAGCAGUGAAGGGUUGCCAUGGACGCCGAUCCCCUGAACCUCAACCGGGCGCUGACCGAGACACGCUUUUCUGACCUCAAGCCGGAGCUUUCUAAGUCCGUUCUCGAAGCCUUAUCGCAAACCGGGUUCGAGUUCUGCACUCCAGUUCAAGCCGCCACAAUCCCUCUACUAUGCAAAUUCAAAGACGUAGCUGUGGACGCUGCCACCGGCUCAGGAAAAACUCUAGCUUUCGUAGUUCCACUCGUCGAGAUCAUCCGUCGCGUUUCAACCCCUCCAAAACCUCACCAGGUAAUGGGAGUAAUUAUUUCUCCUACAAGAGAGCUAGCGUCUCAAAUAUUUAAAGUUGCGCAACCAUUCAUUGCGACGCUUCCGAAUUUCAAGUCCAUCCUCUUAGUCGGGGGAACCGAUGUGAAAGCAGACAUGGCAAUGAUAGACGAGGAAGGAGCUAACUUGUUGAUUGGCACUCCUGGAAGGCUUAACGAUAUUAUGGAAAGAAUGGAAAUUUUGGACUAUAAGAGCUUUGAGGUUUUAAUUCUAGAUGAAGCAGAUAGGCUAUUGGAUCUGGGAUUCCAAACGCAGAUAAAUGCAAUUAUAUCUCGCUUACCCAAGCUUCGUAGAACUGGCCUCUUUUCUGCAACUCAAACUGAGGCCGUUGAAGAGCUUGCCAAGGCAGGGAUGAGAAAUCCUGUGAGAGUUGAAGUACGGGCUGAAACAAAGUCGGUAAAUGGUACAAUAUUAUCAGAACAAGCUGCAUCUUCGAGAACGCCUUCCAGCCUUCACCUUGAGUACUUGGAGUGUGAAGCAGACAAAAAAUCAUCACAGCUUGUGGAUCUCCUUGUUAAGAACAAGAGUCAAAAGAUUAUAGUAUACUUCAUGACUUGUGCUUGUGUUCAAUACUGGGGCCUUGUUCUUCCGCGUCUUGCCCCUCUCAAGGGUUUCAAUCUUAUCUCUCUAUGUGGGGAUAUGAAGCAGGUUGCAAGGGAGAAAGCCUUGGAUCAUUUUAGAUCCCUUUCGAGUGGUGUUCUUCUAUGCACUGAUGUUGCAGCACGUGGGCUGGACAUUCCUGGUGUUGAUUUUGUGAUUCAGUAUGAUCCCCCUCAAGAUCCCAAUGUCUUUGUACAUAGAGUUGGACGAACAGCUCGUAUGGGCAGAGAAGGAAAUUCAGUUGUUUUCUUAUUGCCAAAGGAGGAAGCUUAUGUAGAAUUCCUACGUCUGAGAAGGAUUCCUCUUCAAGAAAGAGAAUUUUCUGAAGGUGCUUCUGAUAUUAUUCCUCAGAUACGAACUGCAGCAACAAAGGACCGUGAUGUCAUGGAAAAAGGAGUUAGAGCAUUUGUUUCUUUUGUAUGUGGAUAUAAAAAUCAUAGUUGCUCAUACAUUUUCAGGUGGAAAGAACUUGAAAUUGGGAAGUUGGCCAUGGGAUUUGGUCUAUUGAAGCUUCCUUCAAUGCCUGAGGUGAAGAGGUUUUCACUUUCCAUUGAGGGGUUCACUCCUGCUGAAGAUAUCAAUUGGGAGGACAUCAAGUUCAAGGAUAAAUCUCGGGAGAAGCAAAGAAAGAAAAAUUUGCAAGCUAAGAAAGAAAAGCAGUUGUAUGAACAAAAACCUCGAAAACCCAGCAAAAACUCAAAUGCUGAACCUAGUGCAAUGAGGAAGAAAACAGCUAAGCAGAGACGUGCUGUACAGACAGUUGAAGACGAAGAUGAGUUGACACGAGAUUACCGCCUCCUGAAGAAGCUGAAAAAGGGGACUAUUGACGAAAGUGAGUUUGCAAAAUUAUCAGGUAUUGAAGACUUGCUUUGAAAUUCAUGAUACAGAUGUGAUUUUGCAAACACAUUCAGAGCCCGCCAAAGAGUUCCAAAGAUGCAAUGAAAUCUUAACCAGUGGAUUAAGGAGUAACUUUUUGCAAAAUUUACCGGAUCUAAAGAAUUACUUUGAAGUUUAUGAGAUGAGCAAGCUAAUAUGAAGUUCUGGGGGAAAAUAUUAAACCUUGGAUAAGGAAUUAUUUGACUGCAGAGUUUUGAAGACUAACAAGCUAUAACUAACCAACAGAGUUUUCCCCUUUGCUCAUGCAUAGGCUUUUGAUUUUGCCCUUCUAAUUUGGCUUUGUAAUUGAUUUUUUCCCUUUCCUAUUUAAUUCGUUGUUGUCCUUUGAUUUUGAUGAAUUGUACCUUGCUUAGUUUGACUACUAGAAAAGAAGAGGCAUUAGUGGAUUGUAUUCUGAUAUAGUGGUUCCCAGUGGAAAAAAUAACACAUGUUUAAAGUUUUACUAUUUGGUGAGUAUUGGAAAACUUCAUACUAAAUGGAACGUUAAAUUUGUUAGCUGAAA